ACGUCGGGGGGUGUGUUGCUGACGUCAAGGUCGCGCCCGGCAGUGUAGGCUAGGCCCCUGGAAGGUUAUUGGCGGCCGAUCAGCUUUUGAGGUCGUCGGUGUGAUCGGACUGAUUCCUUGGCUUGUACAGUGAUCCGGAUCCUCACCUGAGCGGCCGCCCAUGCAAAAGAUGCUGUCCCUACUGUCCCGUGUGCUGCAGGGCUCGGCCCAGAAACCUGUCACUGGAGCAGCUGGCGAGGCUGCCCGUGUUAUUGUGGCGUCACGUAGCUACGCAGACUUUGCAAACGAAGCAACAUUUGAUAUCAAGAAAUGCGACGUUCACCGAUUGGAGGAGGCCCCACCGACCACAGCAGUGCUGACCCGCGAGCAGGGGCUGCAGUACUACAGGACUAUGCAGACCAUCCGGCGCAUGGAACUGAAGUCCGAUCAGCUCUAUAAGCAGAAAAUUAUCCGUGGGUUCUGUCAUCUUUAUGAUGGGCAGGAAGCGUGUUGUGUUGGUCUUGAGGCUUCUAUAAACCCCACAGAUCACCUAAUUACAGCCUACCGGGCGCAUGGAUACACCUAUACCCGCGGGUUGCCUGUAAAGGAGAUCCUGGCAGAGCUUACAGGAAGAAGAGGUGGUUGUGCCAAAGGUAAAGGGGGCUCUAUGCACAUGUACGCCAAGAACUUUUAUGGAGGAAAUGGCAUAGUGGGAGCUCAGGUCCCUCUUGGUGCAGGCAUUGCUUUGGCCUGUAAGUAUUUUGGAAAAAAUGAGAUCUGUUUGGCCUUGUAUGGUGACGGUGCUGCUAAUCAGGGUCAGAUUUUUGAGACAUACAACAUGGCUGCCUUAUGGAAACUGCCCUGUAUCUUCAUUUGUGAAAACAACAGAUAUGGCAUGGGCACCUCUGUGGAGAGGGCUGCGGCCAGUACCGACUACUACAAACGUGGGGACUACAUCCCAGGCCUCAGGGUUGAUGGCAUGGAUGUUCUUUGUGUCAGAGAAGCCACCAAGUUUGCUGCUGAUCACUGCAGAUCUGGAAAGGGCCCUAUUCUGAUGGAGCUGCAGACUUACCGUUACCAUGGACAUAGUAUGAGUGACCCUGGGGUUAGCUACCGAACAAGAGAAGAAAUUCAGGAAGUGAGGAGUAAAAGUGACCCCAUCACCCUGCUGAAGGACAGGAUGCUCAACAAUAACUUGUCCAAUGUAGACGAACUGAAGGAAAUCGACGUUGAAGUGCGAAAGGAAAUUGAGGAGGCUGCUCAGUUUGCCACCACUGACCCAGAGCCUCCUCUAGAGGAACUAGGAUAUCACAUUUAUCGCAAUGAACCUACUUUUGAAGUAAGAGGUGCAAACCCCUGGAUCAAGUACAAGUCUGUCAGCUAAACCUUCCGUUUAGACAUACAGGCAAGCUAUGUCUUCUUUAGUCUGUUACUCCAAGGUCUCUAACAUGAAAACAGUUAUUUCAUUUAACCCUUUCUAACUGUAAGGGGGAUACACGUCAUGUAUCUAUUGCAGACUAUUUUAAUUUAUACAGCUGGGACUUGGGUCUGCCAGUUGCCUUACAGUUUCCAUAUUGAAAGACAACUCCAAGUAGUGGUUAAAUGGCGUUAUGGUAUGUUCCCAUUACUUUUCUGAUUUAUUUAUGGAAGGCUCCCGUUUUUAAGUUUAUCCAGAAGCGAAUCACGUGUCUUACCAUGUAUGCAAUAUUUUGCAGUCAUUAAAAUUGGCCUUGAUGUAAA